AGCCGCGACCGCAGCCGAAUAGGAGGCCGGAGUCGCGGACGGAGCGAAGAAGGCGCUUGUGAGCUGCCAAGAGUCGCCGGUGCCGGAACACCUCAAACUCUGGGCGGGAGCUCUUCAGGUGGGCAGAGCCGCCGUCGCCCUCCCGCACCGUGCCCCCAGGCCCAGACAGCGGGGCGGGGGUCUCCCCGGGCGCGGGACUGGCUCCUCCCAGGCCGAGCCCUCCGCACCGGCCUCUGGGUUUUCCUCGGUCUUGGAAUUCCUGCAAACUAAGGCCGGAGGACAGUGAGCACCGCCGACCCGGACAUUGGCUGUCUCCCCGACUGUGUCCGGACUGGAGCAACCGGGAGCCCCUCCUGCUGCCACCUCUCCAGCCGAGGAGGGACGGGCGCAAUCGCACUGCCUGGUUGUGCGCCUCUCCCUUGCCUCCCGUUCAAGAACAAGCUUCUCUUCUCUCUCCAUUGGAAAUCCUGCCCGGAAGCCCAAAGCACCCGUCCGUGUGCCCUUCCUCAGCUCUCGGAGCACCCUUAGGAACAUUAUCUACUUAUCAGGGCUGAGCGUCGCUCGUUCUUGGCUUGGUUUUUAUUCCUUUCACAUCCUCUUAACUGGCACUUCAUGCCCAGGACCUUUUGGAUCACCAGCUCCCUGGCCCUAUCUAUGUGACUACUCCCACCCACAGUUCCAGUUUCCUCUGGGCUCCCAUCUCCAGCUCCCAGCGGAUCUGGUCAGUCCCACCCCUGGGUGGGAGUGGCCAGGGGGCUCUGGCCCAGGAUCCCCCACCCUGGAAGGCAGCUCCAAGGUAGCAAGAGAGCUGGGCCUCGGGUACGAACCUGGCAGCUCCGGAGUGGGUGCUCCGCUCACCCCACACAAGAAGAUGAAAAAGCGCAAAGAGCUCAAUGCAUUGAUUGGCUUGUCUGGGGAGAGCCGGAGAAAGAAGCCCAAGAAAGGCUCGGGCCACCGCCUGCUUCGCACUGAGCCUCCUGCUUCGGAUUCCGAGUCCAGCUCCGAGGAGGAAGAGGAGUUUGGUGUAGUUGGCAGUCGCUCUCGCUUUGUCAAUUCUGCUUUAAAUAUAUUUCAACCUAUAUACCUCUUGGUUUUCAGGAGAACAGUGGAACUCACUGACUUAAAUAAGAUCAUCUGCUAUUCUGACUUUAACACUUUUUUGAAAAAUUCAGAGCCCAUUGUUCUUCAUUUCAAUAAAUUUUCCAAGACACUUGUGAGGAAAGGAGUGGAAUCUAAUCAGAAAAGUUCAUUCCAAGAAAUUCCCAAACUUAAUGAAGAACUACUCAGCAAACAAAGAGAACUUGAGAAGAUUGAAUCUGGAGAGCUGGGCUUGAACAAGGUCUGGAUAAACAUCACAGAAAUGAAUAAGCAGAUUUCUCUGUUGAAUUCUGCAGUAAACCACCUCAAAGCCAAUGUUAAAUCAGCAGCAGAUUUAAUUAGUCUGCCUGCUACUGUAGAGGGACUUCAGAAGAGCGUAGCCUCCAUUGGCAAUACUUUAAACAGUGUCCAUCUUGCUGUGGAGGCAAUACAGAAAACUGUGGACGAACACAAGAAAGCCAUGGAGUUACUACAGAGUGACCUGGUAAGGAAAUCUACAAGCACUCCGGAAAGUCAGCACUCUCCUGCCUCCCCUUUUCUGACAGGUGAGCAGGAUUCCACAACUUAUUUAUUUCCACUCCAGAAUAUCCUGUACCUCCACAACUCUUUAGAGGAGAUAAACAGCCUAGUGGGGUAUCAGAGGCAGAAUGAUCUUAAAUUCAAGGGAAUGAAUGAGACAGUCAAUAGUCUUACCAGAGUCAACUUGGUAGAAAGAGAUUUGGUUGCUAUGAGCAAGAUUGAAAAGCAAGCGAACCUGUCCGUCAGCAUGAUAGGUGAUAGAGCUGCCACUCUGAAAAGAGAGUCUUUGCAUCAGGUGACCAGCAGAGUAGAUGCAGUAAAAACUCAAAGCAUAAAGAAAGAAGAUAGUUCAGAUUCUCAGGUAUCCAAGCUAAGAGAGAAACUACAGCUGAUCAGUGCUCUCUCCAACAAGCCUGAGAGCAACAGGCCUCCAGAGACCACCCAUGAAGAGCAAGUACAGAGUUUCACAUCAAAGCCAUCAGCAUUUCCAGAAUUUCCACAGUCUCCUGGAGGUGACAUUGAGAAAACUGCCCAGCUAAGAUCUAUCUCCCUACCAGGAAUCGCUAGCAUCAAAGAUCUUGAGGAUUUAUUUUACAAGACUGGCCAGAACAUGGAUGAGAAGCUGACCUACCAGGAAAUUUGGAACUCCUUAGGCUCUGCUAUGCCAGCACCAGAGAGUUUGAGAGAGUUUGAUGCUGAUGGAGAUGGAAGAUACUCAUUCCUGGAGCUAAGAGCAGCUGUAGGUGUCUAGCCUCAUUGGUCAUAUUUAGAAACGGAUAUAUACCCUGGGCUACCUAAUAUCUGCUCGCAUAACAAAAACAACCCUUCUAUUUAUCUAUCAGUCCUCCAAUCCUCCAAACUAUUGUAGCAGACACAUUGCAACCUUUUAACUUGUUUGAAAAAGCUAUAUAAAAGUUAUUUUUUUAAAAAAGACCAUUUUACUUAAUGAUAUUCAGAAAUCUAUGAUUUCCUGAAACCAGUAUGAUCUUAAUUCUAAAAUUGCCAGAAUAAAAGUCAAGCCCUCUUUCUUUCUCUUUCCUUUUUUGAGGGAAGGAGACCUUAUCUUUUAGAACUAGAAAAUGUGUAUAUAGUAAGACUAAGCCACCUUUUAUAUUUCACAUAAAUCUGCCUUAAAUUAGCUGCACUUUAUUCAGACUCAGAAAAUGUCUUUUCUUUAAAAGAUAGGCUUUUUCUGUGUAUAAAUAUUUAAAAUGAAAGAAGAGUUCUGCAUAUUUUGUGGGAAGUUAGGAGAAAUGGUUUGAAACAGGACAUGAAUAAAUGGCUUGUCAAAAAUCGCUAAUUUGAUCUGGUAGCGACUAAAACUAGGCCCAUGUCUCCUUCAGGCAUCUCCUUUAGGUGCUGCCAUGGGGUUUGGUCUGGUAGCCAGAGGAAUAUAUUUAGGGAGUGGAUAGGGGGGACAGUGCAGCCUCCAGGCGCAGGAAAGUAAGAUCUAUAUCUUUGUUUCUGUCCCCUUAGCUAAUCGCAAGCUGUGAACCAGAGAGUAUUCUUGGCAUUUUUAUUAUUUUUUAUCCUAUUUCAGGGUUUAUGAACAUAGAAAGUUAUCCAGUGAGGGGAUAUAUUUCCCUCCCUGAGUGAGCAGGAUUAUCACACACACACACACACACACACACACACACACACGCACGCACUCAAGUCUAUCUUAAAGCUGUGGGUGACUUCCCCCUCUGAUACUAUCUCCAUUCUGAAUGGCAGGGCUGAAGUCCCUGGUCACUGGCUCAGCCUGGCUGCCCAGGAGCUUUAGAGGAGAGCUGUGCCUUUAAUUCUGACCCAGGAAACAGAUUUUACAUGAGGGCUAACAAAGAGCCUAAUAUGUUCCUCUGGGGGAUAAGGCCAUAACAGUUGUGAACAUUUAUUUAUUAAGUUUCUUCAUGGUUAUCAGGUCAGAAGUAGUUGGAAGCUUUAUGUCCAGAGAAUGCCAAGCAUAGCAGACAGGCCUGAAACAUUGGGCUUUACAUGAUGGUAGCAAGUGUGUUCAGAUCUAAUGCAAGCAAGUGCAAUACUUUUCCCUUUAAAUACUUCCAUAGCCUGAUACCUCCAUGCUAUCUGUGUGUGCUGUGUUCUUAGAAGGAGUCUCUGAAGAAUACAUAAGGAAAAAACUUUGCAAAACUUAGCUGUGCUGUAGGCCACGUCAGGGAGAAACUAGAGACGCUUUCGUAUACUGACUUCUUUAGUGGAACUCAUUUCCAUUUUAACUUUUUCCAUUUUAACUUUGUCCAAGUUGCCCAGUUAGCCAUGGAUGCAGCCAAACAUCCUUAACUAUUCAAGGGCUGGUUUUGUUUUGCUUUUUCUUUGUAUGAUACUCAGCUUGGUGUAGGCUAACCUUGAUUUUUUUUCCCUAGAAAUAUAAAAAUUUAGUUAAAGCAAGAUGAAGUCUUUUCCCAUGAAUGUGUCUGCUUACCUCAUAUGGCUUAUGCUUCUCUUUCUUUUAAAAAAAAUAUUUUUCCUUGCCCAACUGAGCUAUUUCACUUUCUUGGAAAGGUUAAAAUAUGGUAUAAAAUUAGCACUUUGGGUAACUUGAAGAGUACUCUUCUGGCUGCCUUCCAUGCCCACCCCCCCUUUUUUAAUAUAUAUACCCUGACGGAUUUUAUAACAACCAAAUAACACUCUAGCAAUAAAUUGAAUUAUUCUGCUAUAUUUGUAUAUACUGUACCAUAAAUAGUAUGUCUACCUGGAAGGUAUUUUUUUGGGAACUGAUUUAUAUGAAAUAUACUUGGGGGUAAUGUAGCUUGUCCUUUUUAGUUUCAAAUUCUUAUUCAUAGGCAUAUACUUUGAAGACACCUUAACUCUUUGUUGUACGUACUUUUCUUUUGCAUCAGAGAGCUACCCGUGAAGGAGUCAUUUUGUUUUUUAGUUUAUCAUCCAUUCUCAUCUCAAGUGUGUCUGGCUAGCAUCAGCCCUGAGCCAGGUAUAUAGUACCAUCCUCUACCCCUACCCAAUUUGGCAGAGGUGUUCCUGCUGCCCUCUCAGACUUGAGAAUACUCUUGUCACACAGCCUGGGAAAGUGCCCUAUCUCCCAGGCAGAACUAGGGCACUUGAACUCCUUUGUUCGAAGUUGAGCAGAUUCAUUGGCCUAAGAAGAGCCUCAGAAACCUAUUGUUCAGUCUUAAUUUGGCACUUUUAUUUGUAAAUUGUCUUAAACUGUAAUCAAGCCUCACCUGCCACAUCUCAGCUCUGAAAGGAAGGUCAGCAGUAGUGGUGAGUUUGGUUUUGGUUUUGGUUUCAGUUACUUUGACCUUCCCACUCUGGCAACUCCUACUGCUGCUUUCCCGAGUUACCCAAAGCACUGCUGCUUGGUCCUUGUUUUCUUUUGUCUUGUACUAUCUGAUAUAAUGUUUACUUAAAGGGCAAAAGUGUUUUGUAGGAAGAAAAGAACCAAAAGAAGAGAGAAUUAGCUUAGAGAUGACUGUGAUGUUAUCUUAAGGGCAGAGAAGGGCCUGGCACUUAGGAAUGUGCCUCAAACAGCAAAGCUGAAGAACGAACACUCUUCACCUACUGGCUACUGUCCCUCCAUUGGCAUUUUCUCACUUUAUGUUGCUGGACAGAACACUGUCGGCGCCCCCGCUGGUCUUGCCGGUCACAGUUGAAGCUUCUGGCUGUAAUGGGCUCAUACUCAUAAUGGCCUGCUGUUGAGUUGUUUUUAGUGACAGCUUUCGUGUGCUACACACCUCAUUGGCUUGCUUACCAACACCAGCUAGAUGCAGUCCCUCCUUUCAUAUCCAAACCAGAACACAUUUGGGUAUUCCUGAGACUUUAUAGAGCGUGUAUUGUUUGUUAUAUGAACCUAACCUACCUUGUUGUUUUCUCACAUUAAGAAAUGUCAAUCUACUUUGCUUUAGUGGAGCUAUUUUGGUAAUGUAUAAGCAGUUUUGGUUCUGUUUGGGAAGUGAAUUCAAGGUUUCCAUGGCUUGAUUUGAACUUUGCUUAUGUCAUAUCAGUAAUACAACCAUUUUAAUUUAUCUAAAUAAAACAUUUACUUUUUC